GUCGCUCUGCCGCAGAAAACCAUUACUGCCUGUUGUGUCUCGUCUCGGGUUUGUUUUCUGAGGCAUUUCUCCGUUACGUUCGACCGAGUAGUCUAACGUUCAACUUUCUGACACCAAUACAUAUCACGCGAUACGUUCACCGCUCAUUUUACGGCAUUUUGCUUCAACGGCCCUCUUCUCUCGAUUUACGGCUUAAAAUGUAUCGCUGCUGUAUCGGUAAAAAAAACCUUUUUUUCGAUGUUGUUAUACUCGACAGUUCAGUGUUUUCUCAUAAAAGCUGCUGGUUUUGGUUUGUCCCUGAGUGUUUUAUAGAAAUAACUGAUAUUAAAUAUUUGCUGGAAACAUUGGAAAUAAUAAGGAACAUUUUUUGCUCAUAAAAUGCCACCAAAACAACUACCAACUACUUCGAAGGCUGAUAAAAAGAGAUGCCGUAAAUCAAUCACGUUGGGAACUAAACUAGAAGUCUUACGUCGUUUAGAAGCUGGACAGAAAAUUGUUGAGAUUCGUGAUGCUAUGGGACUGGCAAAAUCUACCAUUCAAACUAUUCGUGCGAAAAAGAAACACAUUGAGUCAUAUUUGGAAUCUGCUGCACCUUUAAAUAUCUCGAGAUUCACACGCCAAAGAAAUUGGAUUGUUGAAACAAUGGAAGCACUAUUGAUUUCGUGGAUUGAGAGCAAUAACAAACGAAAUAUACCAAUGGGUCAGAAGAUGAUCAUGGAAAAAGCUUUGAGUAUUUGCGAUAGUUUAAAGAAUGGAGAUACCGGGACCGAAUCUUUUGAACAUAUUUCGUUCAAAGCUAGCCGAGGAUGGUUUGACAGCUUUAAAAGAAGAUUUAAGUUAGAUAAUUUAAAAAUAAGUGGUGAAGGAGCAAAAACUUUUGAGGGCGCGUCUGAGGAAAAUACCACAACUUCUCAGGGUGCUUGUACACCUGAACCUGAUUUAGAACUCUUUUCGUGUGAGGAAUUGAUCCAGGUAAAAUUAGAACAAACCCCUGAUGAAGAGAUAGAAAAUGAUGUUUCCGAGCAGCUAGCAACGGAAAAUCUCAGAAUUUCAGAGCGAAUUAUUGAGAAAGCUGCUUACACCCGUGAGUCUGACCCCCUUUCAUAUGAGGAUCUCAUCGUUGAGGUGAAAUCGGAACCAGUCUCCGAUGAAGAGACAGAGCAUGUUGUAUCCAAACAGCUAACAUCGGAAAAAAUCUCAAAAGCUUUUUCCUGCUUCGAACAAGGAAUACGCAUCUUUCUCGAAAACGAUCCUGACUACGAACGUAGCGCCAAAGUAGCUCUAAGCAUUAACUCAGCCAUCAAGUGUUAUAAAUCACUGAAGAACAACAAAAAAGUUCGGACACAGUCAACUCAAACUAGGUUCAGCAGCUUUUUCAAACCAGUCCCAUCCAUGUCGACAAAAAAACAGAAUCACCGUUUCUCCUAAGAGGAAUCUAUGUAAGAAAAUCACGUGUUAGGAGUUGACAACUAAUUUUCAAGUCAGUGGAAAAGUUAAGUUUCAAAGUCAACGAGUUGACUAACUGAAGUCAGGCUUAAUUGGGUCUCAUUGUUGUAGAUACCUUUUCCAUUGAUUGCGCGAGAUGAGGACAGGAUCUCAACUUUCAAAAAAGUUGAAAGCUAGGAUUACCUUAGCCCUCAUUUGGGGUGCUCUUAGCCAUAAACAUGAA